AUGCGUGGUAGAAGCCAGCGUGGCCACGGUUCUCAGUUUGGUUCUGGUUUUCAUCAGCGCCAGAAUUUUCAGAAUGUGCCCCAGUACGAGCGAAAGGCAAGCAACCAAAAGCCCACUCGCAACUGGUAUGUUGACUUAUUAACUAAUGUUAAAUCACUUAUUUCUGAGCAGCCAGGUUUUACGGCUGGUAAUACUAAGAAUUGUGUUUCUAAAUGGUCAGAGAUCACAUCUGACCCAGAGAUUUUAGAUAAUAUAGAGCAUUGUCACAUAGAGUUCAUUGAUGACCCUUCUAAAUAUAGCAUUCCAGGGCAUCAGUAUUUUAAUGUCCACUAA